AUGGCAACUUGCUUCUCGGAAGGUGACUUGCUGAGCGCCAACAUAAACACCUCAGGCCCGGCAACCGUGAGCGGUGAGCGGUUGGAUACUGUCAACGUUACUAGAAUUAAGGAACUAAAGGAAUCUAUAGAUGCGCACAAUAAUGCGGUAGUUGAGUUACUCAUAUCCAAUAAAGACCUUAAAGAUAAGAGAGUGAAGAUAGAAUCUGCUUUUAGGGCCUGUAAAGAGGCAUUUGUUGAAGUUUCGGCUGCGUAUGUCAGCUUAUUAGAGAAUGGUAUGUUAAAAUCGAAUCUAAACUCCAUCAAAAGCGUUGUAGGUGAAGCUGUAUCCGAGGUCUGUAACAAAUUAAUGGGUGCGUCAAAUUCUCAAUAUGCAUCUCGGAGCGCCUGCGCCCCCACUGCUUCCACCUAUGCGGCUGUCGCCGCGACGCAGGUUUCAACUAAAUCCAGCGUUAAGGUAGCAAGGGGCCCCUCGAUUGAGAUACCGAAAACAACGAACCUAAUUAUUACGCCAGCAGAGGAUUCGGUCGAGAAAUAUGCUUCAUCUAAUGAUACAAGAGAAGCUUUUCGGAAAAUUAUUAAACCGGCGGAUUUCAACUUGCGGGUCAAGAAGAUUUCGGCAGUAAAGAAAAGUGGCAUACGCAUUGAAGCGCUGACAGUCGACCUGUCUAAGAUGAUGAAUUCAUCGGCGCUCAGUAACGCAGGUCUUCGGCUGAUAAAGGAAACCAGAGUGAAUCCGAGGAUGCUGGUGCAAGGAGUGCCGUCCGAACUCACUAAGAAAGAAAUCAAGGCGGACAUUAUGGCUCUAAACCUGGAGAACGAGGAUGCUGCGGGACUCAGGAUCAUUUAUAAAUUUCCGGUUAAGAAGAAUCGAAGAACGACAAGUUGUAUUAUUGAAGUCUCUCUUGACAUCCGCGUCUCCUUGCUCAAGGAUAAGCACAUCUUUGUUGGAUAUCAUGCUUGUAAAAUAUCCGACUACGUUCGUGUACUGCAGUGUUUCAAGUGUCUGGCUUUUGGUCACUUUGCUGAGAACUGCAAGUCCUCUCCCUUGUGCGGUCACUGCGCUGGCAGUCACGAGAUGAGAGAUAACAAGAAACAAGCCCCCAGUCUGCGGAAACUGUAG